AUGAAUUCAACUAAAGUAAUCUGUGCAUUACAUAAGCACGUUCCUUUGAUAAAAUUCAUUGGUCCAAGAAGUAAACUCUCUCACGGUGCAACAGCAGUUACAUUACACCCAGCUGCGCCAAAAGGGGCCACAUUACCUGAUACUUCCAAAGUAUCAAACCCGUUAACAAUUCAACAGCAAGAUACUUCUAAAGUAGAAAACCCGUUAACAGGUCAACAAAAGUCACCAAAUGUAAAGUCUGCAGUUAUCGAUUAUUCGCUGUUACCCGAAAAGUACAAGCGAAAAGGUCCAACUCCAGAUGAAAUUGCUGCAAUAGAAGUAAUUUAUUUCUGA